GUAGCCAGCAGCCCUGGUUGAGCUGUGCAGGUGGAGAGUAAUCUGUUUCGGAAAAAGAUUUUAGAAAUAAAAUUCUGCACGUAAAUUGAGGUGACGGGUCGACAAAGGGGGUGCUAAGGGGCUUGUUCACCAAACUGUGCAUUUACGGAACGUCGCCAAAAGAAGAUUUUAGACCAAAAUGGUCAAAAAUUGAUUUGAGGAAUUGUUUAUAAUUCGUCUAUUUUAGCCUAAAUACGAUAAUUAUUUUGUCUUUUCAGGAAAAUUCGUGGUUCGGUGGAUACGCUCCAAAAUGUAGUCUGGGGACAUUGAAUAAGACAGUUGAAUAUUGGACUGGCUCUAUCUUGCAUUCGAAGAAGCACCAAAACGCGGAGCGAAACGCACCAUGCCGAUGGUCUGAAAUUGAGGCUAAGGUUGAAGAGAAGACGCCAAACACGGCAAAUUGGUCUGGAGACGCUGCUUACAGAUUUUAUCCCUGCGGUAUCUCGGACUUCACUAUAUUCACACAUUUGUGGGGUUCCCCUCAUUCCGGUUUUGAGAAUUUGAAGAAUUAAAGGUUGCAAUACGUUUAGAAUAGCAACUAGUGAAUUAUUUUUGGAAAUAUCGUUUUGGAUCCAUCGCACACAGGGAGCUUGAUCCGUCACCGAGACAUCAAGCGACACUGGCACUUAAUCUACGCACUGUUUACACAGAUGCACGAUGAGUCGCCUAUCUUGUGCCGAGUCCGGAGAGCCGCCUCGGCAGCUGAAAUUUGCAAGCAUUGUGCAAAGUACUGGGGUGACCCUCCUUGGAACUGCCAGAGGACAGCGUGGCCUACCUCGGCUUCCCCCUUUGGGGAAGAAGCCCCUUCCCCUCUCCCACCCUCUUUCCUGUGCUGAAUGGCUGCGAUGGCUCCUGCUCUCACUGACCCUGCUCCUGACGCUCACAACUUGCACUUCAAGCUGGCGCCCCCAUCAUCUUCCCUUCCCCUUGGUGAGACCAACGGUGGCUCCCUGCCUACACCUUCCUCCCCAAGCUUGGUUGCAAGCUACGGUGGAACCUCCAGGAAGGAGCCCCUCAAACUGGCUGGAGUAUUCAACCAGUGCUCCAUCUUGUCUCAGUCACUUUGCCGGGGGCGGCCUUCCAUCUUGGAGUUCAACCUGGAAGAUUUGAGAGGCAUUACAAGCACUGGGAGAGGGGGCCCGGGAGGACCAUUGAAUGGAUUAGCAAAGAAAGCUAUGAAGCCUGCAGUGGAGAAGCCCCCUAACCUUACCAUCCCAACUUUGGAACCUAUGGUCAAGGACCCACCUGUUCCUUCAAGCCCACCUGCCUCUGUGCAUGAGAAGGGCUCUCAAAGGGAUCUGUGCUCAGAGACACGUCUGCAGAACCUUCUGCGGCGUCAUGGAGAGAUGGAAGAGCGGGCUAGUUGGCUUCAGAAACGACUAAGAUUGGUUCAGGCAAAGCAAGUGGAACGGCACCUGCACCAACAGCUUGGGGGCUUGGUUGGGGCUGCGCUUGGCCAAAGCCCUGAAACUUCACGUUCUCGAUUGACUGUAAUAACCCGAAAAGCUGAGGCUCAACGCAGAGGAGAUACUGGAAGCGGCAAUGCAAAUGCCUUCCUGAAAGGUUCAGCUCGGGAACUAGAGCGAUUAGGCCAUUCGGGCACUGCUGCACUGCGGUCGUGUGAGGCUGGCUUCGAUUCUGAUGCUACAGAGAGCAGCUCUGGUGGAGACUCUGACGUGGAGGAAGAAGAGCUGACUCAGGCAGACACUCAGCAAAGCCAUGUGCCACUGAAGCGUCGCUGCGCAUGGAGCUGGGCUCAGGAACGGGCGGAUGUCGUGAGCCGAUGGAACUGGUUGCAGGCUCAUGUAUCGGACUUGGAAUACCGAAUCCGCCAACACACAGACUUCUAUCGACAGCUGAGAGCUGGCAAGGGGCAAGUUGUCCUCGGGGAGUCUACUUCUGGGGGUAGUUCUUCGGGAAAUGAUUUGCACCUUUUCCCUUCCGAUAAAAGAACAUCAGUGGUGUUGGAUACGGAGAGACAGGGUGAUCCAGGCUCUGGGGAAUCGAAAUCACUGCAGAGGCCUCUUAAUGGAGUAGUUAAUAUGAUCCCCCCUGGAUCUUCAAACAGGUGUAGCUCAGAAAAUCAAGAUGAACCCCUCAACAAGCCCCAACCCUCCACUCCAGAUGGGAGCUGUGUGUGCGCCAGAGCAAGACCGCUUCAGUCCUGCAAGAGGAGGAGGGUAGUCAGACCAGAGCGACUAUUACCCCUCCACAGAAAGGCUCAACACAGUGUUCCCAGAUUGUGCGAGGUCUCCCAAUCGUGCAUUAUGUGUGCCAGUUUUGCAGGACCCGCUCCCAUAUUCCCAUACAGUGACCCACCGUGUGAACGACUGGCCGUGUUGGACCCAGCUAUUCAUCCUGUCCUAUCCUUCCCAGACGACAUCCCAGCAAGUCUACGACACCUCUCACUUCUACGUUCUCAUGACAAAGUGGAAAAGGCUAAAGCUAUGAAAAAGCUGAAACAUCGCCUUCCAAACCAGCUCAACCCCACUCAUGAUAUUACCCGUGGGGAACGUGUAACUGGGACCCUUUAUCCACACCGGCUCACUCUCCAGCGGCCUUCCCCGGAGAUGCCACCAAAACAGCAUUUGGAAUCAUCUCUUCGUACCUUGAAGUGUGAAAAGCUUUUUGGCUCUCGGCCUGAUCGUUCCAGCUCAAUCACCACACCCCACAGCAAGAAGCGUCCUUUUGGGCAUUUAGAGAGAAAUGGAAGACACGUUGACUCUUCAGUGCCCAGUCCAUCAUCAGAUGUCGGCCUCCCUACCUUGCAGCCGCCUCUCACGCGCCAGCUAUCUGCUCCUACUGAAGGCUCCCUUGGGACCCCAUCGCAGGCCCUUGCGGCUGCCCGGAGGCGAAGGACUGAGAGUUCCUAUGAUAUCAACAACAUUGUGAUCCCCAUGUCAGUGGCUGCGACCACCAGAGUGGAGAGAUUGCAAUACAAAGAGAUCCUUACUCCCAGUUGGAGAGUGGUUCCCAUUGCACCCCUGAAUCCAAAUACAGAAGAGGAUACAGAAGAGCUGGAAGAUCUCUCAGAUGCAUCUUUCUCUGCGUUGCACGCCAAAUGUGAGGAAAUGGAGCGGGCGAGAUGGCUGAGUACAAGCAUUCCUCCUCAGCGUCGCGGCAGUAGAACUCACCGGACAUCUGAAAGCUCUAACACAGCUCAGACUUCAGUUUCACAUUCUCUGACACUCCAGCCGCCGUCCCCAGACACAGGCAGCUGGCAGGCCAUCCCAGAUUUCUCACCCCUCAGCCCGGAUACCCUCUCUGCACCACCUACGCCCACCUCAAGGGACACUUCCCGUCUGCUUUCUGAGGAGACACAAAGCUCAAUUUCAGAUUCUGGACAUGAGGAGAGGAUUGUGCAGCCCUGGGAGAGGAGACACUUCCCUCUUCCCCAUCACCCCAAACAAAACCUUGCAGAACCAAGUGAGCCCAUUGAUUGGGGAGGGCCGAGGCCCCCACGCCGAACUUCUUGCAGCUCCAGAACUGCCAAAGACCCAGAGGGAGCCCCAUCAUCUCCCCCUUGCUCUUCCUCCAGACCACGACCCCUUCAUCGAUAGAUGGGAGGGGAGAUGAGGACGAUUGUAAAUUCACUGAGAUGACAAUUUGGCUUCAGAAGAAUCUGCUGUUUGAUAUUCAAACUUUAUCCCCAGGGAAGAGCGCAAAUUUCACAGUUUUUUAGUGAAUUUAAUAACUUUUUCCCCCCUUCUUUAAUUUCCUUUCUUUGAGUCGUUGAUUGCUAUCCGCAUGAUCAGCACAUUUCUAUACGUGCAUUGCGCUCCCCUCAAAGUGGUUUAAGCUGCAGAAUCUAUAAUGCUUGAGACCUCUUUGUUCCCACUUCAUACAGGGGAGGGCUGGGGGUAACAGGCUUUAAAGCUGAUUGUGACUCUCCCUCUUAAAUGCCAGAAAAAUUUGAACCUAACCCUGUUACGUUCCAGAGGUAUAACUGCCUCCCCUCUGGGGCUGUCAUGUCUCCAGCCUUAUGACCCCAUCUAGUGUUUGCCCAGUGCAUGUGCAGCUUCUAUAGAGAUUCAUCCCAUGCUGUCGAAUUCCUUCCCGACAAAACCAGAAAUUCACAAGCCUACUAAUAAAAGCACUUAGUCUUUGUGUUUAGGGAAGGGGCUUAAACAACGUACAAAGUACAACUCAUGCCGUUGUGUGUUUGUGUGUAGAAUAUUUAUGUACAUGUACAGGAGACCUGGAAGUGAAGUGACGUGAAUGAGAGAUAUAUAUAUUUUUUUCUUGAGGGCCUAAAACACCAAUAGUGACCAGUUUGAUUAGCAGGCUGGAUAUAUAUAUAUUUAACUCCGUAAAGGAACAGUUAAAAGGUGAAAUUUCUGAUUUAAUAUGCAAGGGGAAAUGGAAAGGCUAACAGAAGCAGCAAUUUAUCUCAAAGUGGUUGUAAAAUGAUUGUUGAUCUCUUAUAUCCCAUUAUGUAUAAUUUAUCAGUGUAGAAAUGGCUAUCCUACCAGCAGACCCAUAUUUCUGUUGUGUAUGAAUAUAUUUUGAUAUUUUUCUGUCUUUAAUGUGAUGUCUAAAGGCAUUGUCAAAUCAACUUUCCAGGGAUAUUUAAUUGAAGGUCCUGUUUUGAUUCCAGGGCAAUUGGACACUAUUGGAUUUUUUAUGCCAGUCUAUACUUAAACAUUACUGCCCUAGUGCUACAAUUUUAUUAUUUUUUUCCCUCUCCACGAAAACCCUUCUCUCCUGACUUGUGUUGUGCACUUAGGUAAUUGGACUUUCCAACAGUCCAGGUAUAUCGACCAUAUAGAACUGCUACAUACGUUAACCAUUUUUCACAAAACCCUUGGUUUAGCUAGACAUCAGGAAGUACCCUUCCUGGGUGAUAUACUUUUAUGUUGUUCAAUCAGUCUUUUUUGAUCCUUUAUGGUCGCCGUUUGAUCAGCAAAGUGUGGUAUUCUAGUAAUCUCCCAACUCGUUAAGAUUGCUAUAUUGUAAUAUACACACGGCGUGGCUUCAAUAUGCUGAAAUUAAUAUUCAGCAUAAACCCGAUGUGCUACAAUAAAGUAAUAUUUAAGGAAAUUGAUUAAGGAUCAAGUAGACCAAUUUAAUAAAAAAAAAAAAGUUCGGAAAAAAUCUGAUAAUUGAUUAUCUGAUGAUUCCUUAUAUAGGGAAAUGGUUAAUAUGUUCUUGUUUGUAUAGUGCUUUUUCUUUUUUUCCUUUUUUUUGAAAGCCCGCUUGAAUGAAGGAAUACAUCCAAUGUAACAUGAUUGCAGGUGACUCUUAGUGUUGAAUGAUAGAGAUGUUUACUAAUCCAUUUGUCAUUGGGUUAAGGAAACCCCUAAAGCCUGCUGUGGGCUUUUCAGAAUUUUUAGACCAAAUAACGUCACUGCCUCCCCUAGUUUAUCUGUAACCAUUUUUUUAUUUAUUUUUUUCCUCGUCCAUACUUAAUCACUGACUCAGUGCUUUCACUUUCCCAUAUUUGCAGUUGAGGAGGAAAAGGCCCAUGAUUUUAACUGGAAAGUAACUGAUUCAAAAGAAGGCAACUCUCUCUGACUUUGACCUCAACCCCACAGGAUGUGCUAAAUCUGUGUAACAGUCCCACUGGUUGUGUUCAUUCCUUCACUUUGUAUAUUCACUGAAAAAAUAUAUAUAUAUUGUACUCUUUCCUUCUCUGCGGUGAGACUUUAGAUGCACUCCUUCAACAUAAAAAAAAAAAUCAUCAUUUUUCUGUAUUCAU